AUGGACAUAUCCAAUUGCCACGGUAACGUUAAUAAUACAGUAAAUCCAGCACAACUCGCUGGUUCCUUCCACCUUGGCUCUUGGAUCAUUAAACAGACAUACAAAGGAGAAUUGAAGGGGAACGACGAGAAAGUCGACGCGUCUCGACCGAGUGCUCAUCCGGACACCGACUUACUAGCCUUCACAAGAGAUGGCUCAUUGAAGUGCGCAACACCGCCUGGUGCCCGUGUCUGGUGUCUGCUCGCCGUUGAGUGCGCGGGAUGGUUGUCGCUGCGGGACGGCGCACCAGGUGCGGUUGCCAGCUCCCCAACAUCUGCUGUAUUAUUUCUGGGGCUGUGUCACAGGGCUGCCUAUGUGAUGCGACACGAUGCGACCGAAGCUGCAGCGCUGGGCCUCCUGGGCCUCAAUGCCUCGUUCGACACUCUCUCGACCGUCCCCCUCAAACGCAAAGCGAUGGGCGAGUCUGCUGGAAAUCGCCUAGACGACGACGAAGACACCUCGGACUCUAUCAACUGCAUCUGCGGCUUCACUUACGACGACGGCUUCUCGAUCGGUGUGCGGGAGGGGGCGAGCGCCAGAGAGGAGGACGAGCACCUGGGUGAGUGCAUCAGGCGCCGCGUCGACCUGGGUCCUCUGGUCGGGCGCGAGCGGGGCUUCAGGACGCGCGAGCGCGUGCCGUCGUCGGGCGGGAUGACGGGCGUCGAGAUGGUUCCGCCUCCACGCGCCCUUGUUGCGCCGCGACUACAAGAGCGUCAGACGUCGGAGGGCGGGCGCGGGCGUUUCGCAGGGCAUGGACGCGCCGUCACGCAGCCUGAGCGCGAGUCAAAGACAAAGGCUGCGCCGCGUGCGUCCUCCGUGCCGCCAGCCCAUCACGCAAGGGACCGCAAGGGCAAAAGCGGAGCCGUGCCCGCUGCGGUAGAGGACAAGGACAACGCGAUGGAGGUAGAUGAGCAGGAGAAGGAGGAGCGCUUGCCGCCUAAGCUGCGUAAGGGCUGGAUCAGGAAGAGUAUUGAGACGCUACGGGACGUCUACCAGCGCGACGCUGGGGACGCGUUAACAGUUUCCCAUAACGAGGUGGGCGCGGCAGGCGAGCGCGACGAUACGCGGAUGGACAUGGAUGAAGUCGCAUUUGAUCCGCGCGAGAUGCCCCCACCGCCUUUGCCCCUACCUCACGCUGUCUCGCAUCAGUCACUGAGCCCCCGACUUUCUAUUCUCUCCUCCACCUCGCCUGCCCGUGCGCUGCUUAACCUGACACCGACCGAUGGACAGAUAUCCCCUUCGACUUCUUUCGCUAACUUAUCGCUGCUUUCGCCUUCUCUCGCCUCGCCUCUUUCGUUCUCCUCUGCUAGUCGUCGCUCGUCCUCUCCUGCUGCUUCCGCCAAUGUGCAUGUAUUACCGCAGACCGUCCCUGCCGAACUGUCGUUGCAUCAGCUUUCGUAUACUACUGCUGAGCUGAGCCUGACACCCACCGAAGACACGCAUUCCCAAGCAGUAACCCGGACGCCGCCUCCUGUCGCAGAUCCCGCCGCCUCCCUGUCCUCGUCGUCUCCGAGGCUACUCUCCAGGGUCACCAUCAAGUUCUCGUCGCCCGCUCUAGAGUACUCUCCUGACAAACAUGACACUAAUCCCGUCGAUGCCACCGACCUUCCCGCGCAGCUGAGUCAUGAUCCUGACACAGUUGCGUCUGUAGAACCGCAUCGCGGCACUAUUGAUGCACGUCCAUCGGCAGAGGCGGAUGUCAAAUCUGUCGUGUCUAGUGGUACACCGCCAUCCGUCGACGGCACAUCCUCGCCUGCACCUUCUUUGCCGGCUGUCACGUCGCCGCUGAAGGUCAAGAUGUCUUUGAAGGACUUUGCAAUGCGACGCAAGAAGCAACGGCAGGAGCAGACGCAGACGUCCCCGUCAGUUGCCCCCACUCCGUUGGAGCACGCGAGCUCGAACGACGUGACGCGUGUAGUGGAGUCGCCUCAUAUCUGUACGCACGAGCAGGUGCCCCCAGCAUCUCCCGAUUGCGCUAGACCUUCUGCCAGCUUGUGUACAGCGCCGGAUCCUCCCUUGCCAACGCGCGAGGCAUCUCCGCUCCCAGUGCCAGAGUGGGCUCGCAUUGUCGAGCUGCCUGAAGACUUAGACACACGUCUUUCCACCCCUGUGUCCCUGCACGCCAAGGUCGAAUUGCUCGAACAAGGCCUUCCCAGUGCAGCGGUGGACAAUCGCUCACGUUCUCUGACGCCCCUUCCCCCAGAGCCUCCGCCCCUGCCAAGUGAAACCGCAAAGCGCUCUACAUCCCCCGAUGAAGGCACCAUCAGCACCGAUCCUAAAACCUUCCCCAUCCGUUCUCAAGAGCCUGCCCAUCGCACGAUACAGGAGGAUGGCGAGAUCCUCAGUCCGCCUCCUCCGAAGGCGCCAUCUUACCUGGCACGUUCUCGGUCGCCUCCUACGCACCCGCGAUCGUUUCACUCGAGCGGCGCUGAGCCGUCACACCUUCCUCCACGCCGCCCUCUCUAUCCAGCGCCGCAUCGCGCAAUGCAGAAUACUGCCCCUCCGUCGCGCCCAUUGCCCAGCGGCCCACGCGCUUUGCGAACACCGAACUACCCUACGUACCCGCCUACGCUCUCUAUCCGUGCGCCCCCCGGCGUUCCUCGAGGCCCAUCGGCAGACAGAGACCGUCCUGAAUGGGACCGUGAACGAGGAUGGCCUGGACAUGCACGAGGGCGCGGGCGCGGGAUGAGUGGAGGGUGGAUGCGGCCCGGGACGAAUUAUUCGCUUCUCCAGAGUGCCGACAAAACUUUAGGCGGCGGUGUGCAACCAGGGCAUCCGGCUCGAAGAACGACUGUACAACCUGUUCUGGUAUCUAUGUUCAUGGAUCAGGCCGCAAACAACGACAGAUUCGCGUAUUGCGAGAACGCGGUGAUAUCGUUCAAGUCCAGCAGCACUCACACCCGCACCCGCACCACACCAGCCGCGCCCCCGAGCACCAGUUGUGCGCUGUCCAGCUCGACAACGCCGGGCUCUUCCGGUCCCGCCAAGCCUACGUCCAGCCUCCCCUCAAGCUCUGCCCCCGGCUCUAGCUCCAGCUCCAGUGCAGGACAAUCCACCCGCACGCCGCCGUCGCCAUCUUCGGUCGUGACAACGGUCGAGACGCGCAUGAUGGUGAGCGGCGUCGCCACGUCCGUUGCGCUUGUCACUAAGGUCGCCGUCCCGUACGUCUCAUCCCCAUUCGCCAGCGCGAGUACGAGCGCGACGGUCAUCACCAUAGGUACAGCGACCGGCGGACACGAGAUGAGCACAGGCGCAGUGGUCGGCGGCGCGCUGGGACUCAUCGCGCUCCUGGUGGCGGCGCGAUGUGCAUGA